AUGGACGGAUUCCUGAGCCUGCUUAUCCUUUGGUUACAACUAAACUGGGUGAGCAGUAACCAGGAGGUGAGUCAGAGUCCUGAAGCUCUGAGCGUGAGAGAGGGAGACAGCGUGGAUCUCAACCGCAGUUACACCGACAGCGCUCUGUACUUCCUGCAGUGGUUUAGGCAGGAUCCCGGGAAAGGGCUCACAUCCCUACUGUCAAUUCAGGCGAAUCAGAAAGAGCAAACAAGUGGAAGAAUUACAGUCUCGUUGGAUAAACCAUCAAGACACAGUGCUUUACACAUUGCGACUUCUCAGCACGGUGACUGGACCACCUACCUCUGUGCUGUGAGCCACAGCGCGCAGAGGGAACCUGUUCCCAGGACUCAAACUGCAGCAGGAGCUGGAGCCCAGUCAGUGACCCAGCCUGAUGACCACAUCACUGUCUCUGAAGGAGCCCGUCUGGAGCUGAAGUGCAACUACUCAUCUUCUGUUUCACCAUACCUCUUCUGGUCCGUGCAGUACCCGGACCAAGGACUCCAGCUUCUCCUGAAGUACGUGUCUGGAGACAAUCUUGUUUCAGGCAUCAAAGGUUUUGAGGCUGAAUUUAGGAGGAAUGAGAAGUCCUUCCACCUGAGGAAAAUACCAGCUCAUUGGAAAGACUCGGCCAAGUACUUCUGUGCUCUGAGUGACACAGUGCCUGGGGCUGCAGGAGGAGCUGAACACAAACCUCCUGGACACUGUAGCUCAGUCUUUGUUAUAUUAGGAGGUUGGCAUGUUCUGUGA